CAUCGCUGGACGACUGAGCUGACGGCUGAGCUCACACGAUGAGAUGUGACACCAUGGAGUUUUGAACCCUAUUUUAAAAGAAUGCCAGAGAUUAAAGUAGUUCCGUUAGGAGCUGGGCAAGAUGUUGGACGUAGCUGUAUCCUUGUUACUAUUGGUGGGAAGAAUAUCAUGCUUGACUGUGGAAUGCACAUGGGUUAUAAUGAUGAGAGGAGAUUCCCAGAUUUCUCAUACAUCACUCGAGCUGGGCGCUUAACACAACAUUUGGAUUGUGUGAUUAUCAGCCACUUUCACUUGGACCACUGUGGUGCUUUACCAUAUUUCUCAGAGAUGGUUGGAUAUGAUGGUCCCAUUUACAUGACUCACCCAACUAAAGCAAUAUGUCCUAUUCUUCUGGAAGACUAUAGAAAAAUUACAGUUGAAAGGAAAGGAGAAACCAAUUUUUUCACUUCACAGAUGAUCAAGGAUUGCAUGAAAAAGGUCAUAACUGUCAAUCUACACCAGACAGUAAAGGUUGACGAUGAACUGGAAAUCAAGGCAUACUAUGCAGGUCAUGUUCUAGGAGCAGCCAUGUUUCACAUGAAAGUUGGGACUGAAUCACUGGUAUAUACUGGUGACUACAAUAUGACACCUGACAGACAUUUGGGUGCAGCUUGGAUUGACAAGUGUAGACCGGAUGUACUCAUAACUGAGUCAACAUAUGCUACAACAAUAAGAGACUCAAAAAGAUGCAGGGAGAGAGAUUUUUUAAAAAAGGUUCAUGAAUCCAUGGACAAGGGUGGAAAGGUGCUGAUCCCAGUGUUUGCUCUGGGGAGAGCUCAAGAACUUUGUAUAUUAUUGGAAACAUACUGGGACAGAAUGAAUUUAAAGGCACCAAUAUACUUUUCAACAGGACUCACUGAAAAGGCAAACCAUUACUACAAGUUAUUUGUGACCUGGACAAACCAAAAAAUAAAGAACACAUUUGUCCAAAGGAACAUGUUCGAUUUCAAACAUAUCAAGCCUUUUGACAGGUCAUAUAUUGACAAUCCAGGACCCAUGGUUGUGUUUGCAACACCUGGUAUGCUUCAUGCUGGAUUGUCAUUACAGAUCUUCAAGAAGUGGGCAGCAGAUGAGAAGAACAUGGUUGUAAUUCCUGGUUACUGUGUUGCUGGAACUGUUGGUCACAAGGUGCUGUCAGGACAGAAGAAAAUUGAAUUAGACAAGAAAAGUGUUAUUGAUGUGAAGCUUUCAGUUCAGUACAUGUCCUUCAGUGCACAUGCUGAUGCCAAAGGAAUCAUGCAACUCAUUCGCCAGGCUGAACCUAAGAAUGUUGUUUUGGUUCAUGGAGAAGCAGGCAAAAUGGAUUUUCUAAAGCAGCAAAUCGAGAAAGAAUUUGGAAUUGGAUGCUUCAAACCAGCAAAUGGGGAAACAGUGUGUAUGGAGACCAUUCCCACUAUUGCAGUUGAUAUGUCACUAGCUCUGCUCAAGAGAAAAGUUAUGUCACUAGAGAAGAAAGAUGCCAAACGAGCCAAACUCACUCCACACAAUAAUCAUUUACCCGUCCAAGGAGUGUUAGUUAUGAAAGACACGUCUGUAAGAUUAGUGGAACCAGCUCAAGCCAUGAAGGAACUGGGACUGACUGAACACAAGCUUCGUUUUACAUCAUCAGUCACUUUAGAGACUACAAUACCAUACCACAUGUUUAUAGAAAAGUUGCAGUCUCAGCUAAAGAGACUUCUUCCAAAUUACUCGGUCCAGCGAGUGGCGGAAGGUUGUUUAUCAGUGGACGACUCUGUUCUUAUCAAGAUAUCAGGAAGUAGUGAUGACGUAACUCAUGAGGCUUCUAACUGUACGGCUUUGGUUUCAUGGACAUUACAGGAAGAGGAGUUAGGAAGUCACGUGCUGUCGUUGCUACGUGACAGAAUAACCAGACCUUUGCUCCCGUUUGGUGAGUCUGGUGAGUGAACAGGACACUGCACCCGACGAUAUCCUCGGCACGACCCACAUAUAUGACGUUACGACGCAACAUCAAUGAUGCUAAUGCUGCUCUGUACAACGUGGCUGCCUUACCAACACGAGAGUCGUUGAUGUUCCCAUUGUACAAGCGAACGACGUAAGAAAGUCGAAGUACAGGAUAAUUUAGUAUUAUCAACUGAGUUAAUAACGUAAAUAGGCCACUGUAACGAGUUUAAAAGCUGACGCAUCGAGCGUUAGCCCUUUGUCAGAGCGAUCUAUCGCUCUGACAGUUGAUAAUACUAAAUUACCCUGUUAUACUCUCCCACCGACGCAGCCCCGCAGUUUCUUUAGAAACUUACCCCCUCUAUCCAAGGUCGAAGUACGUUUGGGCUUCUGCUUACAACUUGUAAAUAUGGCAAUUAACUGUAAAUAGUCCUUAUUUUAAAAUAAUCACCACCUGAAUAGUGACUGCAACUUCCA